AUGAUGUUAAAGGAUUCUGAAGAAGGAGAGGAACGACCCGUCGUUGAAGAAACGUCGGGCGAAGACGACACUGAUAACAAACUGGAGGACGUCGACCUUAGUGACCAAAAGGGUCUCAUUGGCAUGAGCGAUUCGUCCGAAAAGACGCCUAAAGCUACUGAUGAGGUUGCUCCAAUGAACGGUGGCAGAAAAGCAGAAUUUAAGCCAGCAGCACCAAGAAAGCCACAAAAGAUAACAUGUUCAAAAUCAACUGCACUUUUACUGUUCUUGAUAGCAGUGGCUGCGGUGAUUCUGUCCGCAUUUGUUACCUUUUGGAUCACAAAAGGAAUAUACGAUCAUUCGAUGGAUAUCAAGCCGCUUAUAGGCGAAGAAGCACUUGAAUCAAGUACACCGAGUGAUGAGAAUGCAGCCAACGCAGAGGCGUUCAUCGAUGAACCAACAGCUGCUGAAUUACGAUUGCCCAGCAAUUUGUCACCGUUAUGGUACAACGUCUCAGUAAAAACCUAUCUACCCGGAUAUGUGGAUAUACCGGCAGAUAGGAAUCUAACAUUCGACGCGGCACUCAUUAUCAAGUUUCGAGUUAAUGAGGCAACCGAUCGGAUCGUUUUGAGUGCAGUGAAUUUGAAUUUUUCGGACGAUGUCAGCAAAUACAAGCUGCUGCAAGAUCAGAAAACUCAACCACUUCGGGUAACGAGACAUCUGAGAGAUGCCGCAGAGGUGGAUAUAGAGAACAGCACUGUGUUAUCACAUCAGACUGAUGAUGAGUCGAAGCAAGGCAAAGAAUCUGAAGCCGGUCCGGUGGUUGAGUAUGACGAAGAGCAAUUCACAACUGAAACGCCAACCGAAAGACCGCAAACGGAUGACGGUGGAUCAUCGCGAUCCGGGCAAACAGCAGCAGACGCACAGGUGGCUAAAGUGACUGUGAAUGAUACAGUUGAGAUGGUUUAUUUCGAUUUGGAUGGUGAGCUGAAACCAGGCGAAGAAUAUUACUUCAGACUGCUAUACAAAGGUUUAAUUGCGGACAAACUAUCGGGCCUUUAUUUGAGUCAGUAUGUGGAUAGCGAUGGCGAGAAACGGUUUCUGGCUGUGACUCAGAUGGAGCCAACUGAUGCGCGACGGUUGGUGCCAUGCUUUGACGAGCCUCAGUUCAAGGCCGUCUGGAAAGUGAAAGUGAUCCAUCCACGGGGCACAGUUGCAAUCUCAAACGGAAUUGAGUACAAGAACGCUGUUGAGAGUGAUGACCACGAUUGGCUAGUGACAAAGUUCAAACCAACCCUGCCGAUGUCAUCUUAUCUACUCGCAUUGACAGUCACUGAUUUCGAUUAUAACGAAGGUGCUACCAGGCGUGGAACUAGGUUUCGCGUAUGGUCACGGAAAGAAGCACUGAAUCAAACACUUUAUGCACUCGAAUCCGGAAUACGAGUCUUGGAGUUCUACGAAGACUAUUACGAUAUUCCAUUCCCACUCGAGAAGCAAGAUAUGAUAGCGCUGCCUGACUUCGCUGCGGGCGCUAUGGAGAACUGGGGACUGGUGACGUACCGCGAGAAAUAUCUUCUUUAUGAUAGUGCGUUGUAUACACCGAUGCAGAAGGCUAACGUUGCACUGGUGGUUGCACACGAACUCGCACAUCAAUGGUUCGGAAAUUUGGUGACAAUGAAAUGGUGGGAUGAUUUGUGGUUGAACGAGGGAUUUGCCACUUACAUGGAAUAUUUGGGUGCUGAUGCGAUCAGUCAAGGGAACUUUAAAAUGGGUGAAUGGUUUCUGGUGGAUGCAUUAGAGCUUGCACUCGAUCGAGACGCACGAGCCACUUCUCAUCCUCUACAUUUUCGAAUUGAUAAGGCCGAAGAUGUCAGUGAAGCGUUCGAUGAUAUCACCUACGAUAAGGGUGCCUCAAUAAUUCGUAUGAUUCAAGAAGUGAUGGGUGAAGAAAAUUUCAAAAAAGGUCUCAAUAUAUACUUGGAUCGAUUCCGGUUGUCAAAUGCUGAACACAAUGAUUUAUGGGCGGCACUCGACGAGGCAGUGCCUGAAACGUUGUUGGCGUGGAAUGGUGAUAAACUGAAUAUUCGCGAUUUCGCAUCGAAGUGGAUCGACCAGAUGGGUUAUCCAGUGCUCGAACUGCGCAGACUUUCACCAACACGUAUUGAGUUGCAUCAAAGACGUUUCAAGUGGGAUGAGAAAGCACUCGAAAAGGAGAAAUAUCGAAACGCUGAGUUCUGGUACAAAUACGACAUCCCAAUUUGGUACUCUAUCAAUGGCACUGAAAAACCGAUGGAAUGGCUUCAUGAAGCCCAAGGAAUCAACGUGAAACUCGAUGAAUUGUUUGUGUUGAACAGUGGCUCACGAGGAUUUUAUCGAGUGAAUUAUAACGAAGAAUGCUGGAAUAAGAUCAUUGAUCAGUUACUUCAUGAUUACACAAAGAUAGACGUGCGCUCUCGUGCUCGAAUCAUCGGUGAUGCAUUCGCGUUGGCCGAAGCGGGUCAGAUCUCGUAUGAUAUUCCAUUGAAUAUCAGUGCGUAUCUGCCGAGCGAGACGGAGUAUUUGCCAUGGGCACUGGCACUCGACGGAUUCAACUUGAUCAUCUCGAACUUCGGUGAUGAGCCUGAAUUGGAGUUACUCAGGGAAUAUCUAGAUCCUUUAUUGGCACCACUCUAUGAACGAAUUAACUGGGACGUUUUGAAUACAACUUAUUUGGAAGAGAAGCAGUUCUUCGAGAACCAGUUGGACUACAGUAUAAUCCAUGAAUAUUGCCGUAUUCGGAAUAUCGAUUGCACGGAUCGAUUUUUGAAUCUUUUCAAGACGAAACUUUUGGAUGUUUGUGAGGGCGACACAGUACUCUCUAGUGAAUGCAGCAGUGUUCCGGUACCAAUACGAGGAAUGGUGUAUUGUGAAGGUGUGCGGCAAGGUGCAGAAAAAGUUUGGAAUAGGAUAUUCGAGUUGUAUCAACGAGAGAGGGUCCAAGUGGAACGUGAUCGGUUACUCGUUGGGUUGACAUGCUCCAGAGAUCCACUGACCAUCAAGAAGUUACUGACCAUGGCAUCAAAUUUGAAUGAUACAUCGAUUCGACUGCAAGAUGCGCCGACUGUUUUCCUCAACGUUUAUCGUGACCCCGUUGGCAAGCUACUCACUUUCGACUACCUUCAAGACAACCUCGCACGCCUUUACAAAGAUCUGAAAGAACAACAAACACUCCUGAAAAGGAUUAUAAUGAGCGGCACGAGCGUUAGAGGUGAUCGCAAAGUGGCUCAAUUGGAAGCAUUUAUCAAGAAAAACAAGAGAAUCACAGACAAACUGGAUAUUUUCAGUCAGCAGCUGGAACUAUCGAAAACAAAUACGGUGAAUCUGCUUAAUCAAUGGAUACAUCGCAAUUUCAAACUGCUCACUGAUUGGUUAACGAAACAGAAUGAGCAAAGGAAGAAGGAAGAACUUUAA